CUCUCCAGAUAUGGCUUACACUCACAGUUCCGCACCUUACUCCCUACCUCUCUCUACCUCUACGUCCCUAAACAAUUCUUCCAUUUUUCUCUCUCCGCCGUCCACCAUGGCGGGUCUUUACGGACUCCAUCCCCUCGCCGCUAACUCUUAUCACUCAUCAUCAACGACGACGUUGGAGACUCUUCCCGUUCCGACGCAUUCUGCGGAUUAUUCUCACCCUCUUCCGGAUUUUGAAGCCGAACAUUCCAGGCCGUUUUCGUCCGUGGCCUCCAAAACUGCUAUUAUGGCGGAGACGAAAACAGCUUGUGCUAUUCCCGAGGAGGAGUCCGCCGGUGUAAUUAGAGCGAAAAUUGCUUCUCAUCCUCUUUACCCUAAGCUCGUCGAUGCGUUUUUGAACUGCCAAAAGGUCGGCGCGCCGCCGGAAGUUGCUAAAAUUCUAGACCAAUGCAACCGUGGAAAUAACAUCAUCGGCAAAGAAAAUCCCUGCGUUUCAACUUGCUUGGGUACUGAUCCCGAACUCGACGAAUUCAUGAGAAUAAUCUGCGGGCUAUUAGCCAAAUACGAGCUGGAUCUGUGUCAGCCCUUGGAGGAAGCAUCUUCCUUCCUCGAGAACAUGGAAAUGCAGUUAAAUUUGCUCUGCGAGGGCACCACCAGAGGCUACGUUUCCUCCGAUGAAGCUGCCACGGAAGAGUAUAUAAGCGCCGCCGGAGAAGUAGCAGGAAAUAAAGAUCGUAAGCUGAAGGAACGACUUCUACGCAAGUAUGGCGGUCAUGGUCAUAUUAGUAGCUUAAAGCAGGAAUUCUCAAAAACUAAAAAGAAGGAAAAUCUACCAAAAGAAGCCAAACGGACUCUGCUUAACUGGUGGAACAUUCAUUCCCAAUGGCCUUACCCCACCGACACAGACAAAGCGGAGUUAGCCGAGUCGACAGGCUUAACCCGAAAACAACUAGAUAACUGGUUCAUAAAUCACAGGAAACGGCAUUGGAAAUUACCAUCGGAAAGUAUGCUUUGUCUUUACGGUUCCCUUAGAACGGAUGAAUGAGGUGGUAAACUUCCCCUAA